UUUAACUUUUGAUAAAAGACUAAAAUAGAUAAAUUAAGAACAAAAAAAUGAAAACUUUGAUUUUCUUUUACCGAGCACAUGAUGGAAAAUUUUCUGAUAAUUCAAUUAAUGUAUUAAAUGUUUCUUCAGAUGUUUUUUUCACUUAAUGCACGAUAUGCACAUUGUAAACUAAGAUCUUGCAUUUGCCAUGCUUUAAGUGGUGUCAUUAGAUUUGAAUUAUCAAGAAGAUAUGUACAAAAAUCAUUUAAUUCACUUUAUUUAUCAGGAUAAAGUUCUUUAAAGAAAUAGAAAAAAAAACAAAAGAGAUUUAAUACAAAAAAAGAAAAUUUAAUAUCAUUUAAAAACCGUUAAGUUUAGGAAAAACAAAAUCAUGAAUUUGUUCUUCUUGUUUUUCAUCACCGGAUUUUGAUGAUGUUUCAUUCAAUUGAUCAUCACGAAUCUAAAAUUUUCAUUGACAAACUUGAUAGAAAAAAAAAUACUUUUCUACAUUCAAAGAACUUUGAACACAGAUUUUUCUAUUAAAUUAAAAAUUUCAAUUUCGAACCAAUUUCAAGAUUACAAUAGGAACUCCAUUCUUGACUUAUGAUUAUUUUUUAUUUUAUAUGAAUAUAUAAGAAGUUUUGUUUUCAUUUACUUUUUCUGAAUUUCGAAGAAAAAUUCUCAAUUAAUUAUCUACUGCAAAGAAAAGUACCACAAAUCAAAAUAUAAAGCACCCACUUUGGAAUCAUCAGUGGUUUUAUAUUCAGUACUUUUAAUUUAUAAUUCAACACCAUAAUCGGCUAAAUGAACUUUUCGUUGAUUAUCAAUCGAUGGCUACAAAAAAACCAUAAUCAAUUUCUCAAAAAAUGUUCUUCUAUUAUUAUUAUUAUUAAAUAACUUACUUUACUAUUAUGCCGAAGUACAUAAUCAAUUUUGUGAAACACGAUCUAAAAGAGAGUGUUGAAGUGUAUAGGGUAAACAAUGCCGCCCCGCCGCCCUCCCCACUGCAGGAAAAACCCUUUUUUGCCAAUUCCAGAAAUUGGUACUGCGUCACAAAAUCUCUGCCAAUUAAUAAAUUUUGUGGAACUGACAUAGAAAAAUGUGAGUGUAAGUUUUAAGGCAAAGUUUUUCAGCUCCUCCCGACCGCACCCCUCCCCCCCCCCCCCCUCUUACAAACAGGCUCCCAUUACAGACAGUUACCGUUGGUUACCAAUAGGCACCAUAUCAAAAUUGGUUACUACUUGAAGUUUUUUUAAAGCCUUCACCCCCAUUACAGAUAGUUGCCACUAAUUGCGAAUAGACGCCAGAUCAACAUUAGUUAAUAGUCGAACUUUUCAAGCUCCUUUCGUUACAAAUAGACUACCAAUUAUAUAUAGCUACUCUUAGUGACAAACAGUUAGAAUAUGUGAGUUCCACAUUUUAGCCCCAAAGGGCUGCGCUGAAAAACUUUUGUUUUUUAAUUGGCACAAUGUCACAUGACUUUCUGCCAAUUGACUGACACUACCAAUUGAACUUCCUAAGUUAACUUUGGAAAAUGUUUUCGAAUGUAACUUAAAGAUAAUUUUGUUAUUUUCUUAAUGGUUUAUAGCUUAUCGCUUCUUCAAAAUCCAGAAUGCAGUCAAAUGAGACAUUAUUUUAAAAAAAAAUAAUACUUGUCCACUGUAAAUAUACAUCAUUUUUUUAAUAAGAAAAAAUUAGUUUAAAGAGAGAGUCUGGGUGAGAUGUCUGUGACACAUUGCCAAUUAGCUGAAUGUUAUUGGUAGAAGAGGAAUUGGCAGAGUGAUAUAGAUCCCUCCUGCAGACCGUGACCGACAUCUUAAUUAAUUAAUUAAUUAGCGUCUAAUUAAUUAAUUACCCAUCACAGACUGUGAACGACAUAGUUCAAAGACUGUCAUAGACCGUGACAGACAACUUUGUGAAUAACAUCUAGACUAUGAUCGGCAGUCUCACAGACCAGACCAUAAUAGACAUAGAUCUAAACUAUUUCCAUGCCAUCAGACACAAUAACUAUAUCGUGUUUCACAUUUUAAUCCCGUAGGUAUUGCGCUAACAGCUUUUCUUAAUUAUUUCAAAUAAUAUUCUUUUAUCCUUUUUUUUAUUUUUUUAAAGUUUUAUCAUUGGUUCACCUACACAAAAAAAAUUUAGUUUUGCCAAUGGUUCAAAUAGACAUGGUUUGCAACAUGUACCAGCUAUUAUUGGUCGUCCUAUAUCAGAAUAUUUAAGUGAUUUUAAAUAUCAUUCAAUUGAUUUAACAUGUUUUGAUUUUCAAAGUAUUAUUAAUAAUACUCCAAUAUUUGAACCAAUGGUUGUUUAG